AUGGCAACUAAUAUUUGUACGGAAUUAUUGAUUAUGAUUUUAAAUAAUCUUCAUUCAACUCAAGAUUUGUAUUCAUUAUUAUUAGUUAAUCGAAUCUGGUGUAAAGUUACUAUACCUAUACUUUGGGAAUUACCUUUGGGUCAAGAUUGUUGUACGGAUGAUAAAAAGUUGAAGAAGAAAGCAUUAUGUAUUCGAACUUAUAUAUCUUGUAUGGAUAUUCAAACGAGAACUUUACUUAUUCAAAAUGGAUUUGAUUUAUCAUCAUCACCACCUCAAGCCACUUUUGAUUAUCCAUCUUUCACUCAUAAAUUUAUAAUUAAUAAUUUAGUUUAUUUUAUUUCCAUAUAUUUACAACAAAAUAUUGGUUCAUAUCAAAAUAAUUGCAUCAUCACCACAUCAAGAUUGUUAUUUCAUGAAAUGUGUAAAUUAAUAAUAAAUCGAUGUAAUUUUUUGGAUUCUUUUAAAAUGACGGGAGCCAAAUAUUUUUCUCCAAAUUUUAUAAAUUAUGGUGAUUUAAUUGCUUCAAUUCUCAAGUUUCCCGGUGCCACGAAAGUAUUUAAGAAAUUAGAAAGUUUUACUUUAAUGAUAAGAGAUGAUGAACUGAUUCGUCCAUUGUAUGAAUCAUUGGCAUUAAUUUGCGAUAGUAUUUUAAAUAUGAAUUUGGAAUUAAACUCAUAUUACCAAGUGCAAUUAUUAGCAAAUCUUAUUAGAGUUCAAAAACGGUUAGAGAAUUUAUCAAUUGUUGCCAAUUAUUAUUUAGAUUAUCCAGAGAAUAAUUCAAUUUUUUCGGCUAUCAUUAGUCAAAAUGAAACAUUAAAGAAACUUAGCUUAAAACAAGUAAGUUUUUAUUAUUUCAAAGGAAAUUCACCAAUUGAACAAUUUAUUUCACUUCAAGAACUUUAUAUAGAAGACUGUUUCGGUUUGCAUAAAUCAGAUAGUUUAUUCUUUGCUUCAUUUCCUCAAUUAAGUAGCUUUCAUUUUAGACAUAAAUAUAAUAAGUAUCCUCAAGAAUUUAUUAUAAAAAUUUUCGAAAUAGCCAACACAAAAUUAAGAAAAAUUUAUUUAAAUUCAUAUACCACAGAUACAUUUUUGGCAAUUUUAUAUUAUUGCACAAAUAUUAUCAAAUUAAGUUUGCAUAUUUCAUGUCUUGAACAUGUGAUAGCAAUAUUUAAUAAUAAUUUUAAUGAAUUAAGAAGAUUUUCGUUUGAUUGUGAGGAAAGAAUCAAUGCUGAUGAAUUAUUUUGUCAGAUGGCUGAGAAUGUACCAAAAUCACUUGAAACUAUUGAAAUUAGAAUAGGAAUAUUUAGUGCUAAUAGUUUAAGAAAAUUUUUUGAAGGGUGGUGUUGUAAAGGAGGAGGAGAAAAUAAAAAGAUUAUUUUAAGACGUACAGAACAAGCACGACUAUUUGCAUUAAGUGAUGAACAUUUUAAAAUUAUUGAAGAAUAUGGGGUUCAAUUUGACAUAGAAGAGUAUAUAGAAUAA